AUGUCGGAGAUACUUGAUCUCUCUUUUCUGUCUGAGGUGGAAAGGGAUUUGAUCCUCAGUGUUCUACAACGAGAUGAGGAACUCCGAAAAGCAGAUGAGAAAAGGAUUAGGCGACUGAAGAAUGAGUUACUGGAGAUAAAAAGGAAAGGAGCCAAAAGGGGCAGCCAGCGCUAUAGCGAUCGGACCUGCGCCCGGUGCCAGGAGAGCCUGGGCCGUUUGACUCCCAAGACCAACACUUGUUGGGGUUGUAAUCACCUGGUGUGUCGGGACUGCCGCGUUCAGGAAAGCAGCGGUGCCUGGAAGUGCAAGGUGUGCACCAAGGAAAUAGAGCUGAAGAAGGCAACUGGAGACUGGUUUUAUGACCAGAAAGUGAAUCGCUUUGCUUACCACACGGGCAGUGAGAUAAUCAGGAUGUCCCUGCGCCGCAAACCUGCAGUGAAUAAAAGAGAGACAGUGGAACAGUCUCUCCUUCAUCAGUCACAAUUGGGUGAUAUCUGGCCAGGAAGAAAGAUCAUUCAGGAGCAACAGAAGGAGCCCAGCAUGUCAUUUGAAGUGCCAAAGCUGAAAAGUGGAAAGAAUGCACUGGAAGCCGAGAGUGAGAGCCUGGAUAGCUAUACGGCUGACUCGGAUACCAUGUCCAGGAGAGACUCUCUGGAUAAAUCUGGCCUCUUUCCAGAAUGGAAGAAGAUGUCUGCCCCCAAACCUCAAGUAGAAAAGGAAACUCAGCCUAGGGGUCAAAAUGUGGUAUCUGUGGACGAGGGUGAAAUGAUAUUUAAGAAGAACACCAGAAAAAUCCUCAGGCCUUCAGAAUAUACUAAGUCUGUGAUUGAUCUUCGCCCGGAAGAAGUGGGGCAUGAAAGUGGUGCCUUGGAAGACAGGAGCAAAUCUGUCCCAGGCCUCAGUGUGGAUAUGGAAGAGGAAGAAGAAGAAGAAGAUAUUGACCACCUGGUGAAAUUGCAUCAUCAGAAGCUAGCCAGAAGCAGCAUGAGAAGUGGUUCCUCCAUGAGUACGAUUGGCAGCAUGAUGAGCAUCUAUAGUGAAGCUGGUGAUUUCGGGAACAUCUUUGUGACUGGAAAGAUUGCCUUUUCUCUGAAGUACGAACAGCAAACACAGGCUCUGGUCAUUCAUGUGAAAGAGUGCCAACAGUUGGCCUAUGCUGAUGAAGCCAAGAAGCGCUCAAACCCAUAUGUGAAGGCUUAUCUUCUGCCAGACAAAUCCCGCCAAGGAAAAAGAAAAACCAGCAUCAAGCAGGACACUAUUAAUCCGUUAUAUGAUGAGAUCCUCAGAUAUGAAAUCCCAGAAUCUCUCCUGGCCCAGAGGACUUUGCAGUUCUCGGUGUGGCAUCACGGUCGUUUUGGCAGAAACACUUUUCUUGGAGAGGCAGAGGUCCAGAUGGAUUCCUGGAAGCUUGAUAAGAAACUAGAUCAUUGUCUCCCUUUACAUGGAAAGAUCAGUGCUGAGUCCUCGACUAGCUUGCCAACACACAAAGGCGAGUUGGUGGUUUCAUUGAAAUAUAUCCCAGCCUCCAAACUCCCCACUGGAAGUGACCGGAAAAAGAGUAAAGGUGGGGAAGGGGGAGAGCUCCAGGUGUGGAUCAAAGAAGCCAAGAACCUGACAGCUGCCAAAUUAGGAGGGACUUCAGACAGCUUUGUAAAGGGAUACCUCCUUCCCAUGAGGAACAAGGCCAGUAAGCGUAAAACUCCUGUGGUGAAGAAGACCCUGAAUCCCCACUAUAACCAUACAUUUGUCUACAAUGGUGUGAGGCUGGAAGAUCUCCAACACAUGUGCCUGGAACUGACUGUGUGGGACCGGGAGCCCCUGGCCAGCAAUGACUUCCUGGGUGGGGUCAGGCUGAGUGUCGGCACAGGGAUCAGUAAUGGGGAAGUGGUGGACUGGAUGGAUUCGACUGGGGAAGAAGUGAGCCUGUGGCAGAAGAUGAGACAGUACCCAGGGUCUUGGGCCGAAGGGACUCUGCAACUCCGUUCCUCAAUGGCCAAGCAGAAGCUGGGCUUGUGA